GCAUGGACUCGGGCGGCAGGAACUCCUCCGGCGCCCCAAACAGCACCCUGAGCGAGUCUCAGGGCAGCGCCAUCCUCAUCUCCUUCAUCUACUCCGUGGUGUGCCUGGUUGGGCUGUGCGGCAACUCCAUGGUCAUCUACGUGAUCCUACGCUAUGCCAAGAUGAAGACGGCCACCAACAUCUACAUCCUCAACUUGGCCAUCGCGGACGAGCUGCUGAUGCUCAGCGUCCCCUUUCUGGUCACCUCCACCCUGCUGCACCACUGGCCCUUUGGCUCGCUGCUCUGCCGCCUGGUGCUCAGCGUGGAUGCCAUCAACAUGUUCACCAGCAUCUACUGCCUGACCGUGCUCAGUGUGGACCGCUACAUUGCUGUGGUGCACCCCAUCAAGGCGGCUAGGUACCGCCGGCCCACGGUGGCUAAGAUGGUCAAUCUGGGCGUCUGGGUGCUUUCCAUCCUCAUCAUCCUGCCCAUCAUCAUCUUCUCCAACACGGCGGCCAACAGUGAUGGAACGGUGGCUUGCAACAUGCUCAUGCCAGAGCCCACCCAGAGGUGGCUGGUGGUCUUUGUGGUCUACACCUUUCUGAUGGGCUUCUUGCUGCCUGUGGUGGCCAUCUGCCUCUGCUACAUCCUCAUCAUUGCCAAGAUGCGCAUGGUGGCCCUCAAGGCUGGCUGGCAGCAACGCAAACGCUCGGAGCGCAAGAUCACCCUCAUGGUCAUGAUGGUGGUGAUGGUCUUUGUCAUCUGCUGGAUGCCCUUCUACAUCGUGCAGCUGGUCAAUGUCUUCGUAGAGCAGGAUGACGCCACCAUCAGCCAGCUCUCCGUCAUCUUGGGCUAUGCCAACAGCUGUGCCAACCCCAUCCUCUAUGGCUUUCUCUCGGACAACUUCAAGCGGUCCUUCCAGCGGCUGCUCUGCCUCAGUUGGAUGGACAAUGCCGCAGAGGAACCCAUCGACUACUAUGCCACUGCCCUCAAGAGCAGGGCAUACAGCAUAGAGGACUUUCCCCCAGACAACUUGGAAUCAGGGAGCAUGUACAGGAAUGGCACUUGCACCUCCAGGAUUACCACCCUCUGAGGAAGCAUUCCUGCCCCCCCCGCUCCCCUACUGCCCCCCAGCAGGAGGGUGAGCAAGGCCAGGGCUGUGGCAUGGGGAGGCUGGGAGGGAGGGGGUUUCGGUCCUGCCCACCAACAGCAGUGUUUGGCACAAGAAGGAGCAAAGAAAACCCCAUGUCCUUGCUCUGCUGCCCCAUCCUCCCCCCGCCUGCCUCCCUUGAGCGCGGGUGUGUUUGCUGAUGCUUUGACACCCACUCAGCAAAUUGCCACAAUUGUGGGUCGACUUAGGGUCUGGCAGCCAGGCUCUGCCACCCCUCUCUGUGUCUGAGGAGUGGCUGUAUGGGUCUCGCAGCGACUCCCCCCUCGCCUUUUGUACAUGUUGCCCUCCCCCUCGGUUGGUGGGACCCCCCCAGGCCACUGAGUCGAGCCUGCUUCAGUCAAGCCCCAGCAUUCAGGCUCAGACUCUCCCUGACUAAAAGCGACCCUGCUCAGCAUCUGUCAGUACGCACCUUCCCUUCAGAGAGUAGAAAUGCUGUAAAAAUCCGCCCCCUCUGCCCCCCAACACACACCUUGCCCUCCCCCAGGAAGGAGCAAGUAGCCUCUCUCUGCGCCCCCCUUCCUCCCCCUGGAAUAAAAAAGAAAUCAGGGAGCAAAAAGGCCCCGAGAAAAGCAGCAUAGUCACAGAGCUAUCUUUUGCUCUGCAGACAGCUUCCACCUCACUGGGGCUCUUGCUCUAUGUGCUACGCUCAGGGGAAGCAAAGCAGAAAAGGUCUUUGGAAAAAAAAUCUGUUUAUUGCUGUGCUUCAGAGCUGCGCAGCAGGUUUCUGAUAAGGAGAGAUAAACAGUCCCGUGACUCACAGGGAGAAGAGCACUGAGCUGGGAGUCGGGGGGAGCACUGAGCCGGCAAAUGUUUGAAUGUGUCCAUACAUACGAUAAAGUGUGCUAAUAAUAAAGUUUAAAGGGAGCACUAGACUGUGAAGCUAUUGUCUUGCGCCUGCUCCAUCAGCUGUGAAACAGCGAUGAAGGGACCUGAGACGGUUUUGAAUGACCUGGGUGGCCUCAAAGUCACUUUAGCCUACAUGGAAAAAGAGGGAUUUGUUUCAAAACCUCCAGGCUCUGAAAUAAAUACUUGACAAAAGAGUAGCUGUUUGAUAAUAGCUAUUACCCUAGCUCCAGUUUCUUCUGUUGCACUAAAAAAAAAACCCACAAAAGGGUUUCAUAUGUUGCCAAUGUAAUAUACUGGCCCAGAGCUUCUUAAUGUUUCACUUCUGAGAGUUCUUGUUUUUAGUGUGUGCCAGACGUCUUUCUGUUUGAUUUUUUUAUUUGAUUCUUGUCACUGUGUUGUGAACGUGUUUCUCUGAAGCAAUUUAUACUGUGUACUUAUGUCUGUGGUGGCUACUUGCAAGGUUGAAUUUAAAAUGGGUGAUGCUCAAGAAGGCUCCUUUUCAGAUAAAAAGGUUGUCACUUUUUCUAACUCUUUCAUCUACUUUGUCUCCACCACAAAAAUUCUCUCUUGAAUUUUGUCUCUUCUCCUCUUUUGACAGAACAACUUUCGUAUAGAUGAAUGAAGCUUUCUUGUUUGAUAAAUGACAGCUGAUUAAACAAAACCUUCUAUCCCUGCUCCCUCUUACGCCAGACAUAAGAAUCGGUACGGACCGUGUUGAAAUAAGCAGCUAUGUUUUUUGCUUUCUACCACCUAUGUUAACAGUGUCACACAGUGGCAGGUGUCCCAGUAGCUGUGACAAAUUACUUCUCUAGAACAACACUGUGGUUGUAUUAAUUAUAACUGCUGGCAAUCUGAAGCAAGAGAUUGGGAAAAAUCUCUAGUAGCAGCAUACCCGUAGCAUUGUACUGGUAGCUAUGGUGCUUAAGUACAGUGUUAAGCAUAAGGUUGAUUAUUACGGAAACUAGCAUUUGUGGUGGUGGACUUACUACAGGUUUUUGUUAAAUUAUACUCUUUAACUUUUCUCAGCAGCAAAAGGCAGGAUACUACUUUGUAUAUUUCUUUCACCAAGAAUUAGAUACUGUUAAAUGAAUGUAUGAAUUUAGUAUUUCAAAGUUGUCUGAUUCAAAGCCCAUUGAAAUGAGAGAAAAAAAUCCUAAUGCACUUCAAUGGACUGUGAGUCAGCUCCUUUUAGUUUAAAAAUUGCUAAUGUGGAAGCUGUUACAUCCUUAUUAAAAUAUUUUGUGAAAAGCUUUAA